CAGGUUUGUACCGAAACAUCGGAAACGGCUUCCAAAUUUCCAACAAUGGCUUUAGAUAUCCACAACGAAUUGGUGCGUUAUCUUGGAACACAGAUUGUGGGGACCGAAUUUUCUGAACUUAGGGAUCUAUUCAGACAUAUGCCAUUAACCCCAGUCGACAUUGCUUCGAUUAAAACCAUCUCUAACCUAUUCGUCUGUCUUCAGAAAUACGAAACGAUAAAUGUGGGAGACUACACACUAUUUGUAGCGCAACUUAAACGUACACAUCCAAACCUGGUGAGAAAAGUGAAAGAUGCAGAAAAGGAAAUAAAAAGCAUUGUUAAUGAAGAAAAACAAGGAUCCAGUGGUGACAGGGAUCCAGGAGUUGACGCCAAGCUUAGAAAUGAGAAAAAGAGAAACGUUGGAGAUGACCAUCCUAAUCUGUUAAGAAAAGAGAUGGACAAUACCCACGACGCAAGAAUAAUUGACGUGUGGACGCGUGCAAGAAACGCUGUUGGACGCAUCACAGGGCCACGUUCAACCGGAACAGGGAUAAGAGUUGGUUCCAAGUACAUUCUCACCGCCUAUCAUGUCGCCAAAGACAUAACAAAAGAAAACAGAGGUGACACUGAAGACUGGUCAAAGCUAGGCUCCAACCAUGUCUGGAUAGAGUUCCAUUUUCCCAAAAAAACUACCGUUGAAAAAAUUCACUUUAAACCUGAGCGGCCAGUAUACGACGAAAAACUUGAUUUUGCGAUUUUAGAAUUGCAACCUGGUCAAUCUGCAAUCCCUCAACCAAUAAGAAAGUUUGGUAAACCAGACUACAGUCAAUCAUUUGCAUUGCUUGGCCACCCUGGAAAACCGAAAAGUGAAAUAAUGCAAUUUGAUUCUGAUAUUGAACUUUUUGAUCUGAAUGCUGGUAAGAAUAGCAAUCGACGUGGAUAUAUGAUCGCGAAUGACCAAGAAAAAUCUGGGUAUAAGGGCAUCCGGGAUCAAGGGAAAGUUCUGUUCGAUUGUUGGGUCCAGCGCGGAGCUUCUGGGUCACCCGGAAUCGUUAUGGGAAACGAUGACGAAGAGCCAAUCUGCACUUUGAUGUUGGUGAGAGGAUUCCCGAGUCAGGCAUUCUCAGAAAAUGUCGAUGUCCCACACGAACAAAUGAUUGAGCAGGGUGUAACAAUGGAGGCAAUUGCUAACAAAACCAACAGUCUGGGAGAGAGCGCCAAACGUCUAAAAAUAGACAUAUUUGGUGAAAAUUUUCCGUAACACUGAAUAAAGAAUGUUGAAUUUCUAGUGCCUUUUUCAUUGUGUGCCACGUAACCACAAUUUGUGACACCCAAAUCAGGACAAAGGUGCACUACGCCAGUGAUCAGGAGGAGUAAGUUUUCGAUAACUAUGAUUUUUAUAUUUUUCUUUGAAUUAAUAAACCUUCGUAAUUUCACUAACAAUUGAAACAGCAAAAGUUACAUAGGACACAUCAUCUUUUAGAAAUCGUAUCAUAUAUUUUUGAUGAAUUCCUUUUACAUUGAAAAAGAUGUUGAAAUGUUUUUUUUAUAGGUCCAUAUUUACAUUUGUAAAUUUCUAGGGCUUGGUAUCACAAUGCUUUGAAAUGUAUUUUUUUAUAUUAUGCACUAUUUUAAUAUUUAAAAACCUACCGCGUAUUGGGGCUCUCACUCCUGUGUAAUACUCGUAUAACACAUUCAUUCAAUUGUGGCUUUAAAUUCUAGGGGAAUUCACCCCCAUCUCAACAUAGUUUUAAUUUAGUGUGGAGAUGCGGCUUCUCUUGUAUCACAGGAGUCUAGCUGAUCCCACCAUGGCUUCUCUAGGGGUGUUCACAACCAGCGUCUAGUCGCUUCUCUGGAGACAUUUUCAGAGUCUAUCUGCUCACUUCUCUUGGCUGUGUAGGUGCUUCUCUGCAGAAAUUUUCAGAGUCUAGCUGCUUCUCCUAAUACCCCGGGAGUCUAGCCUAUUAAAAAAUAGUAGCAUAAAUAUAUGGUAGUAAAAUUGUUGGAGUGAGUAGCCCCUGAUGCGCCAAAUGUAUUACUGUAUGUAAAUAUGUUGCUAACAAGAGUAAUAAACAGGUUAACUGUUUCUUGUGUGUUAGUUGUAUAUACAAUGAUAAUUUGAUAUUUAAUAUAUUAAAUUAUAGUUUAUAUACAACGAUGUAGCCAGCUACUCUUUUGUUUUAGUCGUUAUAAUAAUAUAAGUUGUUUUGUAUAGUUUAUAUCCAACUCAUGACGUUUCCCUAUUCAGUCAUGAUCAUGGCAUGGGUUGUUUUGUUUUAUAUGUUAAUGAAGGUAUGGUAAUAAGUAGAUGAGAAAUUGACCAAUCGCAGAGCAGUAUAUGGUCCCAUAUAGGGGUCUCUUAAAUUGGUAGCAGCACCCUUCAUCCAGGGAGGCUGCAGUGAACCACGGUUGUUUAUGUGUACCCACACACCAUCCCCAGCUGCAUGCCAAGUUUCAUAUAUGCAUAUAAGUUCUGCCAAUUGUAAUGUAGUACUUAUCUUUUGCUGUUUCCCGGUAUUUAGCAGCUGUUCCUUUUCUCAUGAUUGAAUCUUUGCGCAAUGUAUUUUUUACAUGUACCAUUUAUACUUGCCUUUGGCAGGCAUUAUUGCUCUAUUUUAGGUUGUUUGGGCUACUCACUUCAGGUAGGUUAUUAUAGUUCUCGUUUCAGUUCUAAUCUAGCUUUAAAUUCUAGGGGCUUAAAUUCUAGGGGAAUUCACCCCCAAUCUCAACAACGUUUUAUACUAGUGUGGGGAUGCGGCUUCUCUUGUAUCACUGGAGUCUAGCUGCUAUCAUCAUGGCUUCUCUAGGGGUGUUAACAACCAGAGUCUGGUCGCUUCUCUGGAGACAUUUUCAGAGUCUAGCUGCUCACUUCUCUGGGCUGUGUAGGUGCUUCUCUCAAUACCCCCGGAGUCUAGAUUAUUAAAAAAUAAUAGCAUAAAUAUAUGGUAGUAAAAUUGUUGUAGUAGCCCCUGAUGCGCCAAACGUAAUACUGUAUGUAAAUGUGUUGCUAACAAGAGUAAUAAACAGGUUAACUGUU